UGGAAGAGCCGCGCGAAGGGACGAGAGAGGGCACGGAAUCCGCGUGUCGUUGACAGCAGCGGCGGCUAGCAGGCCUCGGUCAGGCGUCGCUCGACAGUCGGAGCCGGUCUCUCGCCGUGUGAAUAUCGAGAGUUUCCGCGAAAGGGUUCGCCGUACGUACAUACGUUCGUUCUUGCCUCCUCGCGACGCCACACACUUGUCAUCUGUCAAACACGCCGUGCUCCUACGUGUAUCACGUAUAUCAUAUAUACUCGUAACUUCGAGAAUCGACCUCUUCGCGCACGAAUUCCUUUCCCCCUUGAGAGUUUGACGCGCUGUGUGUUUGUUUGUUUGUGUGCGUGUGUGUAUGUGUGUGUGUAUCGCGCUGACGAAUCGCCCGUUCUCGGGAUCUCGGGAUCCCUCCGUUGUGCGUUCGUUCGUUUCGUGCCCGUUCGCCGACUACGUUUCCGUUCGCGUGUGUCCAGUGUGGAGCCAGAAGAGUGUGUGGAUGUCCAGCCACGACGAGAUUGCCGCGAGGACGUUCCCCCUGGCCAGUUAACUCUUAGGUAUAGACGCUCGAUUUGCCAUUGUCGUCCGCUGGCGGAAAUAAGCUGACGAAUACUCACUUCUCGACCUUUCAAUUCCAAUAGCCAGAAAACCAGUUCGUCGAGAAAGAGGUCAGCUUCAGCUGUGAAAGGAGUCACCGAGGCGUGAGUGUCUACACGAAGUAACAGUUUUCCGGCUCGAUUCCCAAAACUUUCACGGUUAUUCGCCCGAGCCCGAGCGACUUCGUGAGAGAUCGUCCUCUGCCAUAGAAAACGAAAGUUGAUGAAUAGCGAGCGGAAGUCGAUCAUCUAGCCAAGGAUCGGAAGCUGUGAACCGAGGACGUUCUCACGGCACGAAGGUUGAACGUCAGUUUGCGAGACAACAACAUCUCUGCGUGGAUCCCGAUAAGAAGCAUCGGUAAAACCAUGCGGUGAUACUCGGAGGAAUCCAAACAGAAAACACACGUACAUAUCAACUCAUAUCGUCUCUUUGAAACCGUUGCUGCGAGCAUCAGUCAACCGUCGACCAAUCCAACGAAGCAUAUCAAAGCGAAAUGAAGGCGCGACGAUGAUGCUGUCUCGGCCAAGACGUAGCAGGUGUCGAUCGAGCAUGAUCGACGAGACCCUUUGCCGUAUUUUAUCCUAGUUGAACCUUUUUUUCCACAAACCUUUCCACGCACCAAGUGGACAAGUCAGCGACCAAUCCAAGUCGACCCGCUCGAAGAAGACACGAAGCAAAUUUGCGAGAAGACAAGACAGAACGAAGCGAGAGGAUGUUGCUGAGGUAACGCGACCUCUCGAGCCGGCUGAAGAACGAUAUUCAAUCGAACCGUGCUCGAACAACGAAGGGACAACAGGCGACGAGGAGCUGUGGAUACCAAAAGGGGCCAAGUUCAGGCUGAGAGUCAAGCAUGGGUUUCCCGAGGAGGAGAUCCCUGUGGCUGAAAGUGGCCAUUCUAGCCACAGCGGUCUGGGCCACCGUCUGCUUCCUCUUGUACACGGAGGAUCGUGCGAACGCAGCUGUACAGGGCUUGGCACCGUCCGGCGUUGCAGCGCCUCAAAUGGCCACCGGUUUCGUGCCUGCAGCCGCGGCUCUUCGAAAAGAGACGCCGUUCAACGCGCAACCCAAGCCUAAACUGAUCCAAGCCGGCCCGGAGCAAGGCGGCGGUGUGCUCGUCGCUCCCCGCGAGCCGGACUCGAGCGCGCCUGGAGAAAUGGGAAGACCGGUAAUCCUGCCGACGAAUCUGACUGCCGAAAUUAAAAAACUUGUCGACGACGGAUGGCUAAACAACGCGUUCAAUCAGUACGUCAGCGACCUGAUUUCUGUUCACAGAACACUGCCCGACCCUCGCGAUCCAUGGUGCAAAGAGCCUGGACGGUAUUUGAAGGAACUACCACCCACAGCGGUGAUCAUCUGCUUCCACAACGAAGCCUGGUCUGUACUGCUGCGGACGGUUCACUCCGUGUUGGACAGAUCGCCGGAGCAUCUUAUACAAGAGAUCAUUUUAGUCGACGACUUCUCCGACAUGCCGCAUCUGCAGCGUCAACUGGAGGACUACAUGAUGAACUAUCCAAAGGUGCAGAUCAUUCGAGCGCAAAAACGGGAAGGCCUGAUCAGAGCGCGGUUGCUGGGCGCGGCGGCGGCGAAGGCACCUGUUCUCACAUAUCUGGACAGCCACUGCGAAUGCACGGAAGGCUGGCUGGAGCCGCUUCUCGAUCGGAUCGCUCGUGACCCGACGACAGUCGUUUGCCCGGUGAUCGACGUUAUCGACGACACCACGCUCGAAUAUCAUUGGAAGGAUUCCGGCGGUGUGAACGUGGGUGGGUUCGAUUGGAAUCUGCAGUUCAAUUGGCACGCAGUCCCCGAAAGAGAGAAAAAGAGGCACAAGAAUCCCGCGGAGCCUGUCUGGUCACCGACGAUGGCCGGAGGCCUCUUUUCGAUAGAUCGGGCUUUCUUCGAGCGUCUCGGCACGUACGACAGCGGGUUCGAUAUUUGGGGUGGCGAGAAUCUCGAACUCUCCUUCAAGACCUGGAUGUGCGGAGGCACUUUGGAAAUCGUGCCGUGCUCGCACGUGGGCCACAUCUUCCGGAAGCGUUCGCCGUACAAGUGGCGCAGCGGCGUGAACGUGCUCAAGAGGAACAGCAUAAGGCUGAGCGAAGUGUGGCUGGACGAGUACGCCAAGUACUACUACCAGAGGAUAGGUCACGACAAGGGCAAGUACGGGGACGUAUCGGAACGGAAGGCCCUGAGGAAGAAGCUCGGUUGCAAGUCGUUCAAGUGGUACCUCGAUAACGUUUAUCCGGAGCUUUUCAUACCUGGCGAGGCGGUGGCUUCCGGCGAGGUUCGUAAUCUGGGAGAAGGAGGUAACACCUGUCUGGAUUCGCCGGCACGCAAGGCAGACUUGCACAAACCGGCUGGACUCUACCCUUGCCAUCGACAGGGUGGAAAUCAGUACUGGAUGUUGAGCAAGACCGGCGAGAUCCGUCGAGACGAGUCGUGCCUGGAUUACAGCGGCGCCGAUGUCAUCCUCUAUCCUUGUCACGGUAGCAAGGGGAAUCAACAAUGGAUUUAUAAUCCUCAGACGAAGCAAAUCAGACACGGCAGCAGCGACAAGUGUCUGGCGAUAACGGAGAGCAAGCAGCGUCUGAUAAUGGAAGAAUGUUCCGCAACAGCAGCGAGGCAGAGGUGGUCGUUCGAGAACUACGACCCAUCGAAGCUGUGAUAUCGCGCUUUUUCGCGUCGCCAGUCGAAAAAUCUCAGCCGAAGGUCCGAUCGUGCCGAUUCUUGGCUGCCUGUUCAACGUUACUCCGUCGCUAAGACACGUUUCGGUAGAUAGACGCCGUGGUAUCGAGGCACGAACGCCUCGAAACACCAGAUCACAUGCUCAAGACCGACCGCGAGGCCGGGAGAAUUUAUUUGAGAAAGCUAUCCGAACGAACGGACAACGGCGGAGCCAUCGAGAGAAGCCUUGAAGAGUCGAAGAAGCGAUACGUUCCCAAAAGGCCGAUCCUCGGCUGUAAUCUCUAACUGUAAGACGGACAAAGUGCAAUAGAAACGUCGUUUUAAGGGGUGAUCGAAGAGGGAUGUAGUCCUGUAACUCGGUGUACAAUGAGAGAGUUGGGACACACUCGAAGAGCGAUCGGGUGUCGAUACACACGCUCGAGGAACGCUUUCGCUGGCAUUGAAGAAUUGAAAGCUUACCGGUGGACGAGAGGCACGCGAUAGAACGUACGGCUUUUUAAUCCUACUCUUCCGCCUCCUGGUAGUCGUUCUCAAUGGGUAGUCGUUCUCUUCUCUUUCCUUUAUUUUCAUUGACGGGGUUCACACGUUCGGGUCAUUUCUGGGAGAUUGGACUCACGGCAUUGCUUGUAAUUAUUCGGACGCUUUGCUCCACGGAAGAACGUGACCGUCGUGUUUCUUUUUUUUUUUUUUCUUUUUUUUUUUUCUUUUUUUUUUUUUUUUUUUUUUUUUUCUCUUUUUUUUUCUUUUUUUUCCCGUACAAACGCGCCUGUUCGUUUCUUACGCGCACAACGAUUGGGGAAUUUCUGUUAGACGGGAUUUUUAGCAGUAACGUUCUUCUCUCCCUCUUCAUAUUUUUAUAAUACGAACAGACCAAAACAACAUUUCGCAGCUUAGAAGUCAUCCAUCUUUGGAAUAAUUACAAGCGAUAUCUCGAUGAUGGAAAUAGUUUGUAGAAUGGUUAUGUUAAAGAUUCAGUUUAAUUAGAUUUAAUGGUGAAUUAGAUAUAGACGUUGCGCAAGUACUUACGAAUCGAAGUGAUCGGGUGUUUGGCGAACGCAUAAUUAUAUAAUUAAUUUAAAUUAAUCAAUUAUAUAAUUUAAGCGUAAGGGUUCAAGCGGAUGACGAAUACGCGUCAAUACAUCAAUGACAGCGAAAAGCGUGUCGAAAAGGGAAUAGGCUGUUGAAUUUUAUUCGGAGUUAAACGGACGAACGCGGCUGUAUCGAUCUCUACGAAUGCCUCGAUCGUCGCUUUCGUCCGUGGAUUCGUUGUUUUAUGAAGGACCGAGCGAUUUUUGCAUAAGCUGCUCACGGCGAAUCGCCAUCUUGGAGACGACAGUAUUUUUGGAAAAGCGACGAACCGUUGAUUCGUGAAUGACAAAUAUACGGCUUAUCGUUUGUACGAAUUCUUUCCUCGUCAAGUGGUAUUUUAAACGAAACCUUCUCUUAAAUGUGCGUAUAAAGAUUUUUAAAAUCACAAGGAAAUCGAAGUGUCGAGGCAAGAACAUCGUACGUUAGUCGAAAAUGUAUUGAAAAUUUGUGUUCGUUUUUUCGCAUCAGCUGCAAAUAAUAUUCGAUGAUGUAAAACACAGUUCCAAACAUAUCAAACUUGCCGCAGCAAUUGUUAAACAUAUCAGUACGUCGAAUCGUUAUUUUACAAAAUGUAUAUGUUACGUGCAUACUUUAAAUUCGAAGAUUUGUUAAUUAUUAAUGUAAGAAACCUCUCGCGGAGAGGUAUUCUCAGUGAAGUGAAAAAAAAAAUACCUAUGUUCGAUAAAUUCUCGUGCUAUAAAAAGGGUAAAUGACACGUUUAAAUUCACCGAUCAACGAUUCGCCGAAACGAUUAGCCCUUCGUUUCACAGCGCUUACAGUUGCGCUUUACAUUCCAGUUUGGACGCAAGAAACCAACGAUUCCAGAUGCUAUAGAAACCUUCUUUUUCUAAUUAAAAACUUAGUACGUAAGUAGUGCAUAGGGACAGAAAGAAAAGAAACGAAACGAACGAGUAAUGGUUCACACAUUCCGAUUACGGUGUAGGAAAACUUUUUGUACAUUCGUGUAAAGUAUCUUGAUGCCAGUUUAGAUACCGCCUAAAGUAAGUUUUCCGGGUGCAUGUGCGAUAGUAAGUGUCAUUUGCAGAGUGUGAGUCGUUUGGAAAUUCGUGUAACCCUUUAUUGUCUGACGGUUCGCGGAUCGGAAUUUUGGAAAUGGUAAUUCAUGAUUUUCAUUUCGUUGUUUCAUUUUUUGAGAACGAAUAGAAUGUAACAGAGCUGACGUUCACUUACAACACACGAAGUUAUUUUUUAAACGUAUAUCAUAAAAACGAAUAACUUUUUUACACGUACAAAAUAUAUCGUUGUAAUCGAAAUCCCCUUGUAGUAAAGGAUCGAUAAUUCUUCUGCAACAAGAGACACUAGAGGGUUAAGGAUCAAGAUCGCAAUCUGCGAGUGUCUGUGCGUGCCAACGAAAUCGUAAAUACAUUGUACAAUAUUCCAAUCUAUCUCGAUCGUCAUCGAUUUCCUCAUAGAUCACAUACGUGUGAACGCCAAUUUGCGUUUUCGUAUAUACACAUUUGUCGUUGAAAGAGCGAGACACGUUUCCUUAAAAAUUCAUCGAGACAAUUACAUGGUACAAUUGUUACACGCGUUACAGCCAUUAAUUUGGAUUAAUUCUCAGUAUUUGUCAAUUAAAUAACAGUAUUUAUGUUCCAUCGGGUUCGUUAAUAAUUCCCAACGUAUUUAAUAAUUUAAUAAUCAUUUAAGGGAAUUCUACAAGUCGUAAAUAAUCACAGGGGAAAUAGCGCAACGAGCAUUCAAUCGAGUACGAUCGACGAUAGCGAUUUUGGUCCCGAACGUUUCAAACUUUGCGCCUUUUUGCAACUUGAAAUAUCGGCUAUAAAACAACGUGCGUAGUUGAAAUAUUCUCAAAAAAGAAAAAAGAAACAGAAAAACGGAAAUGAGAGAAGAAAAAGAGAAAGCCGAACGACCAGCAUGGUCGUGACUCUUUGCGAGUAAUUAAGCAAGAAGGGAUUUAUGUACGUAUAUAUGUACGAUUAUAAAUAUAGAUUUAAGAUGGUGUAAAAGUUUAUCUUCGGCAAUUCGGCCGAACGGACGAAUGAAAAUUCAACGAGAACAUUUAUACAGAUAGAUAUAUACGUAUAUUAUAAAUAAAUAAAUAAAUAUAUAUAUAUAUAUAUCGUAUGUAUAAAUAUAUAUGUAUAUUUAUUUAUUUAUUUAUAUAUAUGACAUUUUUUACAUUUGGUAAGGAUGUUGCAUAUCGUACGAACGAGAAGAAGACACAAUGACGAUAAAACGAUAAAAGAUGUAAUGUAUUGGACAGCCGAGCGACUUACAGUCGCACGUUAAUUAAUGUAAUAUCGAACGUGCCUUAUUUCCUGUAUAUAUACAUAUAUGGAUAUUAUUAUCAUUA